CUUCCAGGAAAAUGUGAAGUCCAAAAAAACACACCAUAUCUACCUAAUAAGAUUGAGAAAGUGAGAGAAAAUCGUCAAUGGCUUCUGCUCUCCCCAACCAUUAUCUCUCCUUCUCUCUUCUCUCUCCUUCGACUCGCUUUCCGUCUAAAUCCACGAAUGUCCCCAAAACCCUAGCUUUUGCCAGAACCCCUAGCCCCAGAUCUCUCGCCUCUCAAGUUUCUAGAAGGCGCUUUGGAGGUUCUCUCAGAGCCGCCGAAACUGAACCCGAGACAGUUAAUGAAGAAGAGAACCAGGUUCCAGUAGACCAACCUGAAAACAAGGAGGAGCAAGAAGAUUUGCCUAGUAUGAAGGUGCUCGUUCAAGCUUACAAGAAAGCUAUACUGGAUGGAGAUGAAAAGGGUGUUUCAGAAAUAGAGGCAGCAAUAAGACUCGUGAAGAACGAGAAGAAUAGAUUGUCCCUCAAAUUUGUAGAAUUAACUACAGAAAUAGCUUCUGGGAAGAGCAAUUUUCUUCGUCUGAAAGCUGAUUUUGAAAAUUAUAGAAAGAGAACUGAGAAAGACCAUCUAAGUUUAACAUCUAAUGCCCGAGGGGAAGUUAUUGAGAGUCUUUUGCCUUUAGUCGACAGUUUUGAGAGAGCCAAGCAGAAUUUGAAUCCAGAAACAGAAAAGGAGAAAAAGAUUGACACGAGUUAUCAAGGUAUAUACAAACAGUUUGUGGAGAUAAUGAGAUGCUUGAGGGUGGCUGUAGUAGGGACGGUCGGGAAACCAUUUGAUCCUUCAAUCCAUGAGGCAAUUGCUCGAGAAGAGUCUCAGAAAUUUAGGGAAGGCAUUGUAACACAUGAAAUCCAACGUGGUUUUGUUCUUGGAGACCGACUUCUGAGAUCGGCUAGAGUUAAAGUAUCCAGUGGUCCUGGUCCAUUGAAGGUUCCAUUGGCCACUAUGGAAAGCUCCGAGGAUACAAUAGCGAUGCCAAAUAGUAACUAAUUGUGCAUAUAGUUUACAUUUUAGCUCUUUAUUGGUAUGGUUCUUCUCUAACUAAACCACCAGUUUAUGAUUUGAGCAUUUUUAGAUGGUAAAUAGGAAAAUUUUGAAAUGUUGCGUAUCAAGGAGAUGAUACAACUUUGUGAAAAACUUGUACUAUUUGUGAUGUCAAAAUUGAAUACAGAUUGAACCCUUUGGUAGAUCGAUGAAGUGUUGAUAACUCUCUUUGUAUGUUCGGUUGGGUUGUUAAGUUUGUUUAGAACUUUAAUUAGAAA